AUGGCAGACAAAGGAGAAACAAACCACGGUGGUUCCUCUAAUGGCCACCAUAGUUUGCUGAAGCUUCUCAGCGAGACUCGCCAAGAUAUCGUCAGUCAGGUUGGGCGGAUCCUCCCGGAUCUGCAAGUCCUCCGGGGCCUGGGAUCAACGAUUCUCUCGGGUGGAAUUAUUGACGAUCGGCAAUAUCUCAUUGAGGAGAUCAUUCAAGUCGCCGCAUCGUUGCCGAACGGUUCAAGGCUCCGUGAUGGCAUCACCGCAGAAUUCGUGAAGACAUUGUGGAAUAGCCUUGACCAUCCUCCCGUAGCACGACUAGGAGACGAGUACAAAUACCGUGCUGCAGACGGCAGCAAUAAUAAUCCGUUGUAUCCCAAACUAGGAGCAGCGGGGAGCCAUUAUGUUCGGAGCGUGACCGCUCAACACCCACGGCCUUAUGUGCUACCAGAUCCCUCCCUAAUCUUUGACACUAUUCUCGCACGCAAAGGAUGUGCCAAAGAACAUCCUUCUCAAAUCUCGAGUACUCUGUUUCAUUUUGCAACGAUCAUCAUUCACGAUCUCUUCCGCACAGAUGAUGCUGAUGUAACAAAAUUGAAGAAUUCGUCCUACCUCGACUUGGGACCUCUCUACGGCCACAACGUGGAUCAGCAAAAUCAAGUGCGAUCAUUUCAGAAUGGACUUCUAAAACCUGACACAUUCGCGGAACAAAGACUCCUCGGCCAGCCUCCCGGAGUAUGUGCCUUGAUCAUUGCAUUUAAUCGAUUCCACAACUACAUCGUCAAGGAGCUAGCCCUAAUCAACGAAGGAGGUCGAUUUAGCCUACCAGCCGGAGUGACACCAGAUAGUCCCAAAUAUGGCCAGGCGCAGGCAAAGCGGGAUAAUGAUCUAUUCCAAACCGGACGACUGGUCACCUGUGGUCUAUAUGUGAAUAUUAUACUGGGUGAUUAUCUGAGAACCAUAUUGAACCUGAACACCAACCCGGUAGACUCGGACUGGAAACUCGACCCGCGGACGGAAAUCAGCGCUUUGAACUCACCGACCGUUCCCAGAGGCGUCGGAAACCAAGUUAGUGCGGAGUUCAACAUGAUCUACAGAUGGCAUGCCGCCAUCAGCAACCAGGAUGAAGCCUGGGCACAUGAGUUCAUGAAAAGUGUGUUUGGCGCAGAAGUGAAUCCAGGUACUUUGUCCGUUGACGAAUUCGUUGGCGGCCUGCGUAGAUGGUUUGAAGGUAUUGACCCAGACCCAGCUCGGUGGACGUUUAAUAGCCUGCAACGACAAGAGGACGGUAGCUUUCGGGACGCAGAUCUCGUCAACAUUCUGCAGACUGGGACUGAGUGUGUCGCGGGUGCAUUCGGUGCCAACAAUAUCCCAGAGGCAAUGAAGGCUAUAGAGAUGCUUGGCAUCCAGCAAGGCCGGGAGUGGGGAUUAGCCACCCUGAACGAAUUUCGACAUUUCUUCAAGUUGAAAACGUAUUCAACGUUCGAGGAGGUCAAUUCCGAUCCUGCUGUCUGGGAGGCGUUGGAGGCACUUUACGGACAUCCGGAUGAUAUCGAGCUUUACGUUGGUAUACAGGCUGAGGAAGCCAAGAAGCCAUGCUUUCCCGGCUCUGGACUAUGCCCGAACUUCACAAUUUCAGCGACGAUAUUAGCAGAUGCUAAUACGCUGGUCCGGGGUGACCGCUUCUACACUGUUGAUUACAGUCCUGUACAUCUCACGAACUUUGGGUUUGCGAACACAGUCCCAGACUUCGCUGUGGCACGAGGCGGCUUGAUGUACAAGCUCCUAUUGCGAGCCUUCCCAGGGUGGUACACUCCGAACAGUGUAUAUACCUUGUACCCUUUCACAACUCCGGAGCAAAACCGGAAAAUCUUCGAAAAGUCCAAAACUGCCAAUGAUCUGGAGUUUGAUAGGCCAAAACAUGAAAACCAGCCGACUGCCGUGACUUCAUGGCAGGGAGUAACACAGGUUCUAAAUGACCAAGACGCGUUUCACGUCCCUUGGGGUCAACAUACAUACCAGCUUACGAAACACGAUUAUAUGCUAAGCGGCGACUCUUCGGCAAAUACACAGCAGAGGGUGUUCGUGAAGGAUUGUUUAUACAAGCCAACCGAUGGCCUUGAGGAGGUCAAGAAGUUUUACGAAAAGGUGACAAUGGACCUCCUGCGACAGCACAGCCGUAAGCUUGGUUCAACAUACCAGGUUGAUAUAGUGCGGGACAUCGGGAAUCUCGCACAUACCAAAUUCACGGCUGAGUUCUUUGGCAUUCCUCUACGAACCUCCGGCAAUAAUGACAUGACAGAUGGUUACACAGAACAAGAGCUGUAUAAGGUACUUUCAGACUUAUUUGGCUAUGUCUUCCUUGACCUAGAUCCAGCUCAGUCGUUCAAGCAUCGCGUUAAUGCGUCUCGAUCGGCCGAGGGGCUUGGGGAAGUCAUGCAAAAGCAUGUAGCCGGCUUGAACAAACAACAUUUCGCCAUUGCACGCGAUAUUCUAGGCAGCCACAGUGCCAGCACAAAGGAGUGCUUAUUAGUUGACUAUGGGCCAGAGCUCAUUAAGAGACUUUCUAACGGUGGAGGCUCGACCGAUGAGGUGGUCUGGACCAUUAUCCCAACUGCUGCAGCCGCAUGCGCUACUCAAGCCCAAGGCUGGGCCCAACUGAUUGACCUCUAUCUAUCGGAUCCAUAUCGCAAAUAUUGGCCUGACAUUCAAAAGGCCGCUCGUUCUGACGACAAGGACUCCUUUGAAAAGCUGAAAAAAUAUGCGCUCGAGGGGUACGCUCGACUCACCACUUGCGAUGAAACAAAUACUUUCUAA